AUGCUUGCAGAGACCAAAAGCCUUGUCUGGACAUUUCCAGGGACCAAGAUUCAAGUCCAGACCCUUCCAGAGACCAAACGUCACGUCCGCAUGGCUCCAGAGACCAAAACUCGAGUCCAGAUGCUUGCAAAGACCAAAAUCCUUGUCUGGACCUUUCCAGGGACCGAAAUCCAAGUCCAGACCCUUCCUGAAACCGAAAGUCACGUUCACAUGGCUCCAGAGACCAAAACUCGAGUCCAGAUGCUUGCAAAGACCAAAAUCCUUGUCUGGACCUUUCCAGGGACCGAAAUCCAAGUCCAGACCCUUCCGGAGACCAAACUUCACGUCCACAUGACUCCAGAGAAUAAAACUCGAGUCCAGAUGCUUGCAGAGACCAAAAGCCUUGUUUGGACCUUUCCAGGGACCAAAAUCCAAGUCCAGACCCUUCCGGAGACCAAACUUCACGUCCACAUGACUCCAGAGAAUAAAACUCGAGUCCAGAUGCUUGCAGAGACCAAAAGCCUUGUCUGGACCUUUCCAGGGACCAAAAUUCAAGUCCAUACCCUUCCUGAAACCGAAAGUCACGUCCACAUGGCUCCAGAGACUAAAACUCGAGUCCAGAUGCUCGCAGAGGCCAAAAGCCUUGUCUGGACAUUUCUAGGGACCAAAAUCCAAGUCCAGAGACCAAAAGUCUCGUCCACAUGCCUCCAGAGACUAAAAGUGGAAUCCAGAUCCAAAGGGCCAGCCACUCUCGAGCUGACUGACGAGGCCACGGCCCUUUUCCGACCACUCGGUCGCGGAUGUGCGGCAAAGUGGCGUUCUCUUGUCUUCUGGUCUCUUGUGUUUGUGGCGCGGCGGGCCGAUUGUUGCCAGCCGCUGAUCUCGGGGCAUUUGCUGUGUUGUUGUCUGCAAGCUCGAGUGAGUUACUUUUUCCUUUUUCUUUUGGGGUUUUCGCAGAGGGUCAGCAGCAUGACUCAAAAUCUUCCAUCUUGGCCUGGUUUUGAUGGCCCUGAAUUGAGUCAGCCGCAAGUGGAAGCGCUCCACCCAAAUGCGGGGCCGAUGUCCCCCUUUUUGUUUUUCAGGAAAGUAAUCUUCUCAAGAAACCGCCGGGAGUUGGACUCGGGGUCGCUUUACGCUUUUCCAAGCAUCCCGUGGCGCGCUCAAGCGUAUGAAUAUGCUUCCAAUUAAAGGCUGAGAAAUUCAA